AUGUUUAGAAAGGUGCCUGGAUAUUGUUUUGGAAAGUACAAAUUUAAUGCCAACAUCAUAAAUAAAGUUUCUACUUUACUCAAGAUUAAACCUAGUUUAGCAAAUGAAGACAUCAAUUUCUUUGGUGAUGUUAGAUUGUUGGAUUCCUAAAAUAAAUUGAUUGGUGUUUUUGCAUGUGAAGAGGCUAGGAAAAAGGCAGAUAAAUUGGGCUAAGACUUAAUCAUGAUCAAUCAAGAAAUUAAGCCUGCUUUAUGCAAAGUGUGUGAUUACUCUGAUGAACUUGCAUCUAAAUUCAUGAAUGACAUUGUAAAGAUUAAGGAAUAAUAAAAAUUGAAUGAUCAACAUUUUAAAUUAAGUCACACUAUCACAAUGUAAGAUUUGAAAUUGAAGGUUAAUUAAGCUAAAGAUUUGAUAAAAAAAUAAAAUAAUCUUAGAGUCACCAUUGUAUGUCCAAUUGAAACAGCAAUCCAGGCUAAGAGCAUUUUAUAUACUUUAAAAGAUUUGUGCUAAUCCUUUAUGAUUCCCAUAGGAGACGUGAAAACCAAGGAUUAUAAAGAAAAGGAAUAAUUUGAUAAAAAGAAAGAACAAUAAGAAUAAGUCUAAUUGGAUAUUGAAUUUGAAGCAAUCGAAAAGACUGAAUUGAACUUAGAUUUAGCCUAGAUAAAAAUCGAGAGAUUAAUCAACCAAUAUUAUUCCAGAAGUCUUUAGGAGAAGACAGAGGAUGAAUAAGAUCUUGCUGAUUUCUUUAGAGUGCAACAGACUGAAAAAGAUAAGAAAGUUGAAACUAAGGAGACCAAGAAAACCAAAUUGGAGGAGUUGAUGGAAGAUGAUGAACUCGAUUUCUAACUUCAAGAUGUUUCAACUAAUAACUAAUCAUGCUUUUUAAGGGAUGGCAAUUUAUCAAAAUAUGUGAAGUUGUAUAAAAUGAUCGAGUGGUCUUAAAGAAGAAAAUGAUAGUAAUUUAUAUGUUACAUUAAUUUUAUUAUUAUUAUGAAUUACAACAACUUUUA